AUAUCAGAUAUUUAUUUAGUUGUUGGGUAAAACGUUUGUAAUGCAAGUUUUAAUAGAUGUAAAAAAAAAUCAAAAUUAUAUUUGCUAUAUGGAUAAAGUAAAUGAAAAUCUAGGGACACCGAGCAGCUUCUAAGCUUUUCUAGUCAUUCUAAGCCCGCCACGUCACUACCGACGAGGCAUGACACUGAGACGUGUCAACGCAGACUAAUUAUAAAAGUAAUCGCUACUCCACAAAAUACAAACUUUCCUAAUCAGCGAACAAAACGCAGAAAACAAUUGUGAAGAAAGCUAUAUGAUGAUGAUGCAAUCUCGAUUAUUCGCGUUUGCCUCAGCGUCGCGUUCUCGUGUUCGACCACUUGCUCAAAGGUGUUUAGCGUUUGGAUCUUCAACGUCUGGCCGCACUGCUGAUCCGGAGAUCCAUUCCGGUAACGAUGGAGCUGAUCCAGCUAUUUAUCCCACAGACCCCGAAGGUAUGGAUGAUGUUGCAAACCCUAAGACAGCGGCGGAAGAAAUCGUUGACGAUACUCCACGACCGAGUUUAGAAGAGCAACCGCUUGUACCGCCAAAAUCACCACGCGCCACCGCACAUAAGCUAGAGAGUACUCCCGUUGGUCACCCGUCAGAACCUCAUUUCCAACAGAGACGAAAAAGCUCAACCGCCUCACCGCCGUCGCUUGAUUCCGUAAGCUGUGCCGGUUUAGACGGCUCACCGUGGCCGAGGAACGAAGGAGAAGCGGAGGAGCAGAGGCGGAGAGAGGAUGAGACAGAGACCGACCAAGAGUAUUACAAACACCACAAAGCUUCUCCGUUGUCGGAGAUUGAAUUCGCCGAUACUCGUAAACCUAUAACGCAAGCCACGGAUGGAACGGCGUACCCGGCUGGGAAAGACGUCAUCGGAUGGAUGCCGGAGCAGCUAGACACGGCGGAAGAGUCUUUGAUGAAAGCAACAAUGAUAUUCAAACGCAACGCGGAACGAGGCGAUCCUGAAACGUUUCCUCACUCUAGAGUCUUAAGAGAGAUGAGAGGCGAGUGGUUUUAAAACUAAAGACACAAUCAUUGUUAUAAGUGUCUGAAUAAAACUUCUUUCAAUUA